GAUUAUAUACCGGCGUCUUGUUUUGUUUGAGCACUUCACAAUAUGAUGUAUUUAGUUUGGAGUCAUGUAUUAUUCCUUAAUCAGCAGAAACACACGAGUCCUGUCUUCAUCUGAGCCAGAUUACAACUCUUUGAUCGGUUCUUAGCAUGCCAUCCCUGAUUCCAGAGUUAUGGCCAGGUGUGUUUUAACAGUCACAGACUCCUUCUCUCAUUAGCUGUCACAUGACUGCGCGCUGUAAACAUGGCAGACCGGGAGUAUGAGGGUCUGCUGGAUGAAGACGAAGAUGAUGAUGAAGGUGUAUCGCUGCACCUGAGCCCGCUGUGUGACCCGACUCACCUGCUGCACCGGAUCGUGGUUCUGACCUUCAUGUGCUUUCUGGGCUUCGGAAGCUACUUUUGUUACGACAACCCUGCAGCUCUUCAGACUCAAGUCGUACAGGACAUGAGUCUGAACACGGCGUCGUUCAUGCAGCUGUAUGCGUGGUACUCGUGGCCUAAUGUUGUGCUGUGCUUCCUGGGAGGCUUUCUGUUGGACCGGGUGUUUGGCAUCAGGCUGGGGACGAUCAUCUUCUCAUUGUUUGUGUUAAUAGGGCAGAUCAUAUUUGCUGCUGGAGCUCUGGCCAAUCACUUCUGGCUGAUGAAUCUGGGUCGUUUUGUGUUUGGCAUCGGCGGAGAGUCGCUGGCUGUGGCUCAGAACACGUAUGCGGUCAACUGGUUCAAAGGAAAAGAGCUCAAUCUGGUGUUCGGCCUGCAGCUCAGCAUGGCCAGACUGGGCAGCACGGUCAACAUGAACGUCAUCGGUUGGGUUUACGGCCGCAUCGAGGCGAUGCUGGGCUCAGCGGGACACACCACGCUCGGAAUAACACUCAUGAUCGCGGCGUCCACGUGUCUGUUCUCCCUCAUAUGUGCUCUGAUUCUGGGCUUUCUGGACAGAAGAGCAGAGAAGAUCCUCCGGAAGGAGCAGGGCAAAACCGGGGAAGUUAUCAAGCUGACAGACGUCAAGGACUUUCCCUUCUCUCUCUGGCUCAUCUUCAUCGUCUGUGUGGCCUAUUAUGUGGCCAUCUUCCCAUUCAUCGGACUGGGCCAAGUUUUCUUUAUCGAGAAGUUCGCCUUCACUACUGUCCAGGCCAGAGCCAUCAACAGUAUCGUGUACAUCAUCUCGGCUCCGGCGUCUCCUCUGCUGGGGUUUGUGGUUGAUAGGACGGGCAGGAACAUCUUGUGGGUUAUGCUGGCCGUCGUCACCACGCUCAUCUCUCACAUGAUGCUGGCCUUCACCUUCUGGAACCCCUGGAUCGGCAUGUGUCUGUUAGGUUUGUCGUAUUCUCUGCUGGCCUGUGCUCUCUGGCCCAUGGUGGCGUUUGUGGUGCCGGAGCAUCAGCUGGGAACCGCGUACGGAUUUAUGCAGUCCAUACAGAACCUGGGUCUGGCGCUCAUGUCCAUGGCUGCGGGAAGCAUCUUAGACCUCAAAGGAUACCUGUUCCUCGAGGUCUUCUUCAUCGCCUGCCUGUGCAUGGCUCUGCUGGCGGUGGUUGUGCUGUAUCUGUAUGAUUAUUACAAAGAAGGAGAACUGAACCUGUCAGCCUCAGCACGAGCCAGCCGAAUCAAGUCUGAGUGAAGGCUCUUCACUGCGGCGCGCCUGAUCUCCUUCACCUCGGGGGGUUUCUGCACUGACCACUUUCUCUGACACUUCACUGAGCGCUUCAGACUACCCACAAUCCUUCACUGCGCACCACUGAACCCAUACACCCGCAGCAUCAGGACAUUUAUUUUCACGUUAUUUUCAUUACAGUUAAACACAUUUAAACCCGCAUUCUCGUUAAGCUAAUAUAAAAAAGAAAAUGACUAAUUAUAUUUUAUAAUUUACUGUUUUAAUUAUCUCAUUGUAGUAUUUGUUUUACUAAUAUGUAAUUGGCAUUUAAUACCUGCAGUGUGAUUUUUAUUAUGAUUUUAAUAAUGAAACUGUGCCUAGAUGUCUUUUAAUCGCUGUAUUGUUGCAGCAGUGGGUUAAAUGUGUUUAAUCAUCUUGAAAGUAAUGUCACAAUAAUGUCCUUAUAUAGUUGUGGAUCUAGUUUCAGGGUUAAUUAAUAAAUGGAACAAAGCUGCAAACAGGAGCACAUAGAGCAUGACAUGAAACAAUAACUGACAAAAGAACACAGAAAACACAGGUUUGGAACAACUUUUUGAGUGUACUGUACCUUGAAUGCAUUUUUUCAGUUGUCUCAGGGAAACACCAUAAAAAUCAAUGAUCUUAUUGAGUCUAGAAUCCCCUUCCAGUAUUUGAGAUAUUCAGGGUCCAGUCGUUGAGUCAAAUCUCCAUUAGUAUUAGUGCCUUAACUUUGAUUGUUUAACCUAUUGUUUUUUUUAGUUUUUUUUUUAGUUGUUUUAAUAAUUCUGCUUUGUUUUGCACAGUAACAUGGGUUUUACUUUAAUGAUUUUAUUCCCAAAAACUUGCAAUUGACUGACUCUAUUUACAACCUAUUCUCCAUAAUGGAAAAAAAAAAUUGGUGUAGCAGAAAUUUUCAUUUAGAAAUUGCUAGUAAAUUUGACAAAACAAUUAUUAUGUAAAGUCAAGUAACACAUUGGAUUAAACAUGAAUGUUUGAAGUAGAAAGACUGGAAUAGUAUUUUCUUGUAAUUAAAUGGGAUUUUCAGUGUAAUCCAGUAUAGCUUCAAAAAUUCAUUUUUUUACAGUGCACUUCUCAAAAGACAAUAAAUAUUGCGAAUGGCAUUAGUUGUUGACUUUAUAGGCUUUUUCUUGAUUUUUUUUAUUUUUGUUUUUUAAUAAAUCUCAGUGCUUAAAUUAGAACGUGCUGUACGAUCAAGAUUGAUUUUAUAUGCGCACAUGUAUCAUCAGGAGCUUUUAUAUGUAUUUUUUACCCGUCUUUGUUUCCAGUGUGUGACCUUUUAUGAUUAUUUUGCACAGUUAUAGUUAAAGAUGUUACGUUUUCUUUAAAAAAAAAAAAAGUGGAAUAUGAAUGGUUGCAAAUCAGCUAAUAUUUUAGUUUCUAAUCAGAUUUUGUGUGAAAUAUGCUUUUGGCAGAUUUGAUGACAUUCAUAUUUGUAUUAGCCUGUAUAUUCUGUACUGCACGAUCUCUAUAUACACUUUCUUUGUUCAGUUUGUAACGCGGCUGUCUGUUUUGAUACACAUGUACAAAGAUGUUCAGUUGUCCUGUUUGUGAGCGUGUCCAGUGUUCAUCUGCUCUCACACACACUCGCAGCUCUGGUGUCGAUACUGCGGGGUUUGGGAGCUCUUUGUGAUAAUAAAGCAUCAGAUGCA